AUGAAUCGAUUUUCCAAAGCGAUGCUUGCGCUCGCGUUCACCGGAGCCGCCCUUGUCGGCGUCGCCGGCGCCGAGAACGGCGUGACGGACAAUUCCGUUCUCCUGGGCCAGUCCUGCGCUCUCAACGGCCCGGCCGAGGCGCUCGGCACCGGCAUGCAGACCGGCCUCACGGUCGCAUUCGGCGUCGCGAACGCCAACGGCGGCGUCGACGGCCGCACGAUCGAACUCAAGUCCAUGAACGACAGCUACGAGCCCGACCGCUGCGAGAAGGCCGUCACCGCGCUCAUCGAGAAGGCGAAGGUCUUCAUGAUGAUCGGCGGCGUCGGCACACCGACGGCCAAGGCCGCGGUCCCGGUCUGCGAGGCGAACGAGGUCCCCUUCGUCGCCCCGUUCACGGGCGCCGAGUUCCUCCGCAACCCGUUCAAGAAGUACGUGGUCAACCUCCGCGCUUCUUACAACCAGGAGAUGGAGGCGCUCGCCGCUUACCUCGUCGAUGAGCAGGGCCUCAAGAACAUCGCCUGCUUCUACCAGAACGACGGCUACGGCCAGGCCGGCCUCGCGGGCAUCACCAAGGCCCUCGAAUCCCGCGGCAUGUCUCUCGCCGGGACCGGCACCUACGAGCGCAACACCGUCGCGGUCGGCCAGGGCCUGAGCGACGUCGCCGGCACCAACCCGGACGCCAUCAUCAUGGUCGGCGCCUACAAGCCCUGUGCGGAAUUCAUCAAGCAAGCCAAGUCCAACGACGCCACCAAGAGCGCCGUGUUCUGCAACAUCUCCUUCGUCGGUACCAAGGCGCUCACGAGCGAACUCGGCUCCCUCGGCGAGGGUGUGAUCAUCUCGCAGGUCGUCCCCUUCCCCUGGGACACCUCGAUCCCCGUCGUCAAGGAGUUCCACAACGAGAUGAACAAGGCCGGCAAGUCCGACCAGAUCGGCUUUGUCACCCUCGAGGGGUACCUUGCCGGGAAGUUCUUCGUGAACGCGCUCGACAACGUCGAGGGCACGCCCUCUCGCGAGGCCUUUCUCGCGUCCGUGCAGAACACCGGCACGUUUGAUCUCGGCGGCUUUGUCCUCGAAUUCGGCCCCGAUGACCACCAGGGCUCGGACAACGUCUUCCUGACCUGGGUCAACGACGGCAAGCUCGCCCCGCUCGGCAACACGUCGAUCGCCGGCGUCCCGAUCGAAUAA